UGGCGAGAGAGAGAAACCGAGAAAGAGUUGUUUCCAGUGAGGCUGGACUGGAUGACCAACACCAUGACAACACUGUGGUUUUGUAGAAAGUAGACAUACUGACUUUAUGCUUUACUAAAGAUCUGGAUUAAUUUUUUUUCUAUUAUUUUGUAAGUGAGUCCGAGCAGCUGACAUGGAGUGCAGUGACCAGGUGACUCUUCGGCUGAUGAUGGCUGUAGGGACGGCUGUGAUUGGCUCGCUCCAGUUCGGCUACAACACAGGUGUCAUCAAUGCUCCUCAGAGUACCAUUGAGAGCUUCUACAACGAGACGUGGUUCAGCAGGUUUUCAGAGCACAUCGAUCAGGGCACUUUAACAGCUCUUUGGUCUCUCUCUGUGGCCAUUUUCUCUGUGGGUGGAAUGUUGGGCUCCUUCUCUGUCGGCCUCUUCGUUACCCGCCUUGGCAGGAAGAACUCCAUGUUUGUGGCCAACGUCCUCGCCUUCGCCGCUGCUGCGUGUAUGGGAUUCUCUAAGCUGGCUGAAUCCUUCGAGAUGCUCAUCGCUGGCCGUUUCAUCGUGGGUGUCUACUCUGGUCUUUCCACUGGCUUUGUGCCCAUGUACGUGGAAGAGAUCUCGCCCACCUCGCUCCGUGGAGCAAUGGGCACGCUGCAUCAGCUUGGUGUGGUGAUUGGCAUUCUCAUGGCCCAGAUCUUUGGAAUGGAGUCUAUCUUGGGGAACAGCACCCUGUGGCCCCUGCUCUUGGGUUUUACCCUGCUGCCAGCAGUGCUGCAGUGCGUCCUGCUGCCCUUCUGUCCUGAGAGCCCCCGAUACCUGCUCAUCGACUGCAACGAAGAGAGCCAAGCCCGCAGCAUCCUGGUUAAGCUGCGGGGCACCGACGACGUGAGUGACGACAUGCAAGAGAUGAGGGAGGAGUGCCAGCAGAUGAAGAGGGAGAAGAAGGUGACCAUCCUAGAGCUGUUCCGCUCCCCCACUUACCGCCAGCCCCUCUUUGUUGGCGUCAUGCUGCAGCUCUCACAGCAGUUUUCUGGAAUCAAUGCUGUGUUCUACUACUCGACCGGGAUCUUUGAGAAAGCAGGUGUGUCUCAGCCUGUCUAUGCAACCAUUGGUACAGGCGUGGUCAACACUGUCUUCACCGUUGUGUCAUUGUUUGUGGUGGAGCGAGUGGGCAGGAGACCACUUCACCUCAUCGGUUUGAUGGGGAUGGCCAUUUCAGCCGUGUGUCUGACGAUCGCCAUGGCGUUGUUGGAGCAGCUCAGGUGGAUGUCGUAUGUCAGCAUCGCAGCCAUCUUCAGCUUCGUGGCUUUCUUUGAAAUUGGACCCGGCCCCAUUCCCUGGUUCAUUAUCGCCGAGCUCUUCAGUCAGGGUCCCCGGCCUGCUGCCAUCGCGGUCGCCGGUUGCUCCAAUUGGUCUGCCAACUUCUUAGUGGGGAUGGGUUUCCAGUACGUUGAGCAACUCUUUGGCCCGUACGUCUUCAUCAUCUUCACUGUCAUGUUGCUCGGCUUCUUCGUCUUCACCUACCUCAAGGUGCCAGAGACGAAGGGCCGCACCUUCGACGAGAUUGCGGCAGGCUUCCGCCAGUCGGCGGGUCAGCUGGACAAGUACUCGGCCGCGGAAGAGUUCGACACCCUGAGGGGAGAUGAUCCUGACCUUUAAGAGAGCAGCUGUGUGCGCAAACUUACUGUGUCUCUGACACCUUGAGGCACAGUUUAACAACUCAAUCGGUAUCAAAUAUGCAAUAAAAUAAAUUGUGUAAAAUGUGAGUCUUCAAGACAGACUUUCAUAUAAGAGUGGACAGAUCACUGGAAAACUGGAAAAACCAACCAGCCAAGAAGACAAAGCAAUAAAUAGUACCAGAGAGGUAUCAGGUUGUCCGUCCAAGACACAAGAAGAUCAUUUAUCAGUGGAUCAAAAUCCUGAAAACAUGCUUUAAUCUACCAAAAUUUAGCAAAGGAAAUUUCUAAAAUCAUGUCAUGCAGGAAGGAAGUACUGAAUGAUGUUGGUGAACAAAUCUUUUUAAUGAACUGACUCUAAUGAUUCAGUACACUGGAAAAAGAACUGCUUUGCUGUAUAAUGGAAAAUCGCCAAUAGAUACAGCUUUUAUUUGCUAUAUUCUAUGUUGGUUAAUGCAAAAAACAAAACACUCACUCAGCUCAGGCUGGUUUGUCCACCCUUGUCCUAAGGCUAAGAAUUAUUAUAUACAAACAUUCUGAUGGGAAGUUAAUUCAAUUUAUGCAAUUAAACCUAAAUAACACAAGUGAUGUGUUAAAUGUGCUUUUUUUAGGCUAAAAAAACAACAACCCAGUCACGUACACAUGAGUGGCAGCCAUCGUCACAAUAAAAUAGAUCAGAUCUUUAUUGUCAUCGUCAAAAUAGAAAUUGUGGAAUUUCCAAACAUCAUUUGAUCUCAUUUUAAUUUAUUUCUCGUCCAUCAUUUAUUCUCUUAUCCGUAGCUAAUGUCUGCUGUUAUGCACUUUUGCUUCUUUUUUUUUAUUUCCUGUUAAACAGAUCAGAUUAAACAGAUUAGACGGAAUAUUCUAACUGAUAUUAACGCUCGGUGUUGCUUUUAAUGUGACUUUGAAAAACAAGCGCGGCACGACUAUGUGUAGUAGGUCUCUGUGAGAAGGUCGCUGUUAUCUUCGCCUGUCUCACUGCAUCCUCCUCAAUCGUUUACCGUCGCGCGAAAAGCAAAUCUCUUCUUCUGAUACAUUUAUAAUUCAUUUACACAUUACUGUAUAUCUGAGAAACACUUGAACGAAGUGCAUGUGAUGUACUGUGAUUUGCAUGUGUUGAAAUGUGUGUGUGUCAAACAGUCUGUACUUUACUGUGUUUUAGUAAAUAAAGUAAAUAAAGUCA